AUGAGUGCCGUAACCUUUAGCAAGCGCUUCGGAUACAUGGAGAAGGAUUGCGACUUCGAUGGCACGCUCAGAAUCGCCGAUCAGUCCAUCAACUACCUAGGGUAUGUCGGACAAAUGCCCUGGCUGGAUUUUUAUCUUGACAAGAACCCCAUAAUCCGUCUUGGUCCCCCAAAUCUGUCCACGGCUACUCGGAUUGCCGCUGAAUCGCUGUUCCCGCGCCUAGAGGGAAUAGAUCCCAACUACAACCCCAAACAACCGGACUUCCUGCAAUCUUCUUACUCUUCAGCUCGAGCUAUUCCGUACCUUGAAGCAGUAGCGCGGGAAACAAUGCGAAUGCAUCCCGCCAUAUCGAUGGCUAUGGAACGCAUCGUGCCUAAGGAGGGCCUCGUUCUCCCCGAUGGGAGCGUUGUGCCGACCGGCACUUUGGUUGGCAUGAACCCCUAUAUCUUGGGGCGCAACAAGGAAGUUUAUGGUACCGACGCUGACGAGUUCAUUCCCGAUCGCUGGCUUCAGCAGGAUGGGGAGACGGAUGAGAAGUACCAGCUGCGCAUGCGCCUAUGGAACGCGGCGGAUCUCACGUUUGGUAGUGGCCUAAGGAUAUGUUUGGGGAGGAAUAUCAGCCAGAUGGAGAUUUACAAGGUUGUUGCUACGGUGAUUAUGAGGUUUGAGAUGGAGUGGUUCCAUCGCGUUGACGGCGGCUUGACCUGCAGGUUGAAAAGGAGGACCGAGAGAACUUGA